AGGGACUCACAUUCCAUUUUCCACCACACACAUCUCAUUUCCAUCCCCAAACUCACACUUCCUAGAGAGAGGGGGGGAAAGAAAAGACUUUUAGAGAGAGAAAGAGAGAGAGGUCAAUCCCCCGGAAAUGGACGACGCUCACAUGCACGGCCCAUCCCCGCCAACAUCAAACGGCACGGCGGCAACCACCAUGCAGAAGCACCACUCGCUGAUGCACAUGACCUUCUUCUGGGGCACGGACUCCUUGAUCCUCUUCUCGGGCUGGCCUGGGACCCGCCCCGGCAUGUACGCGUUGGCCCUUGUCUUCGUCUUCGUCCUGUCCGUCCUCGUCGAGUGGCUCUCGCAUUGCAACCUGCUCAGGGAUGGGUCCAAGGACGUCGGAGCCGGGUUGGUCCAGACUCUGAUGCACACGAUUCGGGUCGGAUUGGCUAACCUGCUGAUGUUGGCUUUGAUGUCCUUCAAUGUGGGGGUGUUUAUUGUUGUCCUAGCGGGGCACAUGUUGGGGUUCUUGUUCUUCAGAAGUAGGGUUUUCAAGAAAUCGUCGCACUCCGGGAAGACCACCGAUCUUCCGCCGAUGAGUUGUUGAUGAUUGGAAUAUGCAUUUGGAUGUUUUUAUUUUCUUUUAUUUGAUUAGUAUUAUAUUUUCUUUUUAUCAGUCUUAAGGUUUGUGGGUAAUUUGUGUUUUGAGUGUUGGAAUGCGUAAUUUGAUGAAUAAAAAAUAAAUAGAUUCAUGUUCAA